GACGAGAAGAAGGAUUCUCCACUCAAAGAUGCAUUCGACACGGCACAGAAAAGUGGGAAACCAUCCACCACUACCCCGCUAGCGGAAAAUAUUAGUAAAUUGCAACAGGCUGCUGCACCCAUUAAAGAUGCUGCAAAACAAGCAGUCAUAGCCAAAGCUAAACUAUCACCGCAACAGGUGCGUGAAAAUGUACGAGGAUAUAUGUUUACCCGUUUCUUUGACUAUGUCAAAAAUUAUGACAAAGUUUUGGAAAAGAAUUUUCCCUCGGCCAUGAAAGUGUAUCGGGUUUUCUUUGAUGGUGUAAAGUUGUUCUUUGCUGACAUGAAACGAUUUUUGAAAAUUGCACGUAUCGUUAACGCUUCUCCAAAGGGUCUGAAAAGUUUAAACCGCCAAGAAUUGGAAUUGUAUAUGCAAAUGCCAAGGGAUAUGAUAAAAGUGGCACCGGCUUUGAUAUUGUCAUCGCUGCCCAUGGUCGGCUAUGCUGUGUUUCCAUUAGUUGUCAUGUAUCCCCGUACAUUCUUAACCUCACACUUUUGGACCCUGCAGCAGAAAUCCGAAUUCAAGCAAUAUUAUUUCUUAGAACGUUUGACAUACAACCGUCCGGUAUUGCGAUGCUUACAGGCCAAAUUGAAGACCACCAAAAAUCAUCCCAAACAUGAACAAUUUGCUCAGGUCUUGGGUCAGUUGGGAAGUGGCACACAUCCCAGUGUAGAGCAAAUCUUAGACAUUAAAGAUAUUUUUGCAGAUUCACCUUUUAAUUUAAUAUCGCUGCCAGGAAAACAUAUCAAAUUGCUCAAUAAAAUGCAUGGCAUCCCACGUGGCUGGUUCAAGCGUCACAGUUUAUAUGAACACGCCUUCUUUAUACAUUACAUGGAUUUGGCAAUAUGUCAAGAAGGCGGUGUUCACAAUAUGCCAUUGGAAGCCCUGCGCAAUGCCUGCUAUAUUCGUGGUCUAAAUCCUAUAAAUAUGAGCAAUGAUGACAUGAUUUCGUGGCUGCGUGAUUGGAUCAAGAUCUCCAAAGAAAUACGAGUUGAACAUUUAACCCUGUAUUUGCAUUUGCCCAUUUUAAUGGCCUAUAAUCAUCCGAAUAAUUGGCAACUAUUAUAUGGUCAUAAGGAUACAAAGAAACAAAGUCAAUCGACCACAACAACAAACAGUGAAUAA